GGUAGUCGGGUCAGUCGGCGGUGAGCGUCGGUCGUGACGGGACUGACCUCCAGGUGACCUUAUAGUCGCCGCGGCGACUACCCACAGCGCCAGGGCGACGAGAGCGAAGAGAGAAGUGGGGGUGUCGCUGUUGAGUUAUGGAGAGGCACUGAAAUUGAAAGUUGAGUUUUUUUUUUUAGUGAGGAUCCAGGGAAGUUGGUGUGCCAGUGAAUGGAGGACGGAGGUUCGUCUCAAUGUCAACUGAAUUUAGACUUAAGUAGGCAUAAAAAUUCAGUAGUCAUUUUUCGAGAGCCAUUGUAGUUGAAAGUCGGAUGAGAGCUGCCCUAAGUGUUUCCAAGAGCUAGGAGCUUGGACCGAGGAUUGACCGCGCUGUGGUGACGCAGGAACCACUGGUGAGCUAACGUGAGUUCUGGACGGUGUCCGUUGGACGCUUAUCUUAUAUUUUAUCAGAAAUGCUAUGAACUGCUUGUUGCCACUUUCUUAUUAUUAACCUCUAAACAUAAUUUCUAACGUAUUCAUAUGAAGCAUCUAUCUGUUCAUCAAACGCGCCUACUCUAAUCUUUCUCUUUCUCUAAGUAUGUCUUAUUUUAUGCCUUAAUCUCGCUAACUAGUCCUGAUUUGAUUGAGUACCCUUCCCAGAUUUACCAUGGAGAAGUACGACCAGCUCGGCGUGGUAGGCGAGGGGUCGUACGGCGUGGUCAUCAAAUGUCGACACAGGGAGUCGGGAAGGAUCGUGGCCAUCAAACGCUUUCUGGAGGGCGAGCAGCAAGACGUGCACGUGCGAAAAGUGGCCAUGCGCGAGAUAAGGACGUUGAGGCGUCUGCGACACGAGAACCUGGUGAACCUGCUGGAGGUGUUCCGUCAGAAACGACGCCUCUGUCUGGUGUUUGAGUUUGUGGAGAACACAGUGUUGCACCUGCUGGAGGCCAGGGGGGACGGAGGUCUGCCGCCGGACGUCGUCAGGAGCUACAUGCUGCAGCUGCUGAGGGCGCUGCAGUUCUGCCACGCACAGUCGAUCAUCCAUCGCGACAUAAAACCGGAGAACGUUCUGAUUUCGGCCGGCGGCGUGGUCAAACUGUGUGACUUCGGCUUCGCGAGACCCCUGGCGGCGCCCGGAGAAAGCUGCACUGACUAUGUCGCCACUAGAUGGUACCGUGCUCCCGAGCUGCUCGUCGGUGAGACAGCCUAUGGCAAGGAGGUGGAUAUUUGGGCGUCCGGCUGUUUGUUUGCCGAAAUGCUCACUGGCGAUCCACUCUUUCCCGGCGAGAGUGACGUAGACCAGCUACAUCACAUUCUGCAGGUCACAGGUCCUCUCUGCCCCGCUCACCAGCUACGUCUAGGUCACGGCGCCGUGGCCCACGGCUUACGUCUCAGGGGCACGGGACGACCCCUGUUCGGCGAGAAAUUCCCCUCCUGGCCGGCGCCGCAGCUGCAGCUACUCGAGGCAUGUCUGGUGAUGGACCCGGCUCAGCGGCCCGACUGCAGCUCACUACUUCAGCUGGAGUUUUUCACGCAAAACCAGUACGCCGCCACCCACACUCAGGAAAUUUCCAGGAAAGCGCAACAGGAGUUCUCUACUUCUGCAGCCCUUCGAAAACUUGGGAAUAUCACUACUUUGAAGAAGAAAAUCGACGACAAGUUCUUCACCGGGAAGGAUAUCGAAAACAGAAAUCCACCGAUCCGACCGUCGACUGAAGUCGGCAGGACGACCGGUCACAGUUUGGCUCCGCCCCCGAUCCCGCCUAUUGGUCGACCGGCCCAGCCAGUAGUGACGUCACACGGCUGGGUCAAGGACGGCCUGGCCGGCUGGAGCAUCCUGGGAUUGGGAAGAAGCAAGGCAACGGCUCCUGACUCGAAAACGACCACUUCUGUUCAGCGAGCUCAGAAGAGUGCAUUGGUCACUACUGGUGACGUCACUGGAGGUAUGACGUCAUUGGUGGCAAAUCCGAGGCCUACAUUGGCCGAGAUUAUACAGCAGCGCCGCCAAGCGGAGGACCCUCGAGUUACGCUGCCUUCGCUACAGCAAACAGUUCCGCCUAAUUCGUCAAACGUCAGCCACCGGGUAUCCACCGUGUCUCCCAUGACGUCAUCAAAGACGUCACACAUGCGAUUGGGGAGUUCAGUGGCGCGGACGGACGGGCAAGACAGCAGAGUCUUAGCGAGAUUGUCGUCGGGAUCUUCUUCCAGUCUACCGCGCGUCUGAACAAUAGCCUAUCGACGGCAGUACUGGCUCUUCUAGGGUUCUGCAAAGAAAUCCGCGAGAUCAACGAAAGGAUAAGAAUGAGCAAGAACUUAUCCUAGGAGUCACGUGAGGAGAUAAGGGGUAAAGAUGAGGAUGAGCGAGGACUCUUCAUUUGCGAGGAUAACCUACAAACUGGGAUGAGCAAGUGCUCAUCCGAUGUGAUCUAUAUUGUGUAGUGUGAAGGAACGCGUGUGCUGGUAUUUCCUGCAACUAUGCAUCUUCGGCGAAUUACCUACCCCUACGUUUGUUUUUGAUGAUGUUAUAAUAGCUACGUGGAUUCAAUUACCCUGUGAUGUAGUGAGCUUGCACAUAAUUUAUUUGUGUAAAAUAAAUGGAGUGUUUGUGUUUAA